UUCCAGAAUGUACCUCAGCUUCAGCUGCUGCCCUUGUGCAGUUCUGUCUGCUGACUGGUAAAAGUUUUGAACCGCUUCUAAAAUGGCAAGCGAAAUGUUGACGAAAACUUGCUGGGCUACUCUGGGACAGAUACGCCGUCUGCAUACAUCAGCUCCAUCUGGUCAGCGUAUGAAGAAGUUUCUUAUUUACCGAUGGAACCCAGACAAGCCAGAAGAAAAGCCCUCUAUGCAGGAGUACAGUGUUGAUCUAGACCAGAGUGGUCCCAUGGUACUUGAUGCUCUCAUCAAAAUUAAAAAUGAAAUGGAUCCGACCCUCACCUUCAGGAGGUCAUGCCGUGAAGGUAUUUGUGGUUCAUGUGCUAUGAAUAUUCAGGGAGUCAACACACUUGCCUGUAUCAGCAAUAUUGACAAGAAUCUCAACAAGCCGAUGAAGAUUUACCCUCUUCCACACAUGUAUGUCGUAAAGGACUUAGUCCCUGACAUGAACAAUUUCUACAACCAGUACCGGUCUAUUCAGCCUUGGUUACAGAGGAAGGACGAACCUGUGAGCGGUACUGCUCAGUAUCUUCAGAGUAUUGAUGACCGGAAGAAGUUGGAUGGUCUCUAUGAGUGCAUUCUCUGUGCUUGCUGCAGUACUUCAUGUCCAUCAUACUGGUGGAAUGGCGACAAAUACCUGGGACCUGCUGUUUUGAUGCAGGCAUACAGAUGGAUUAUCGAUUCCAGAGAUGAUCACACAGAGGCUCGACUUGAUAAAUUAAGGGAUCCUUUCUCUGUCUACCGUUGCCACACUAUCAUGAAUUGCACUCGCACUUGUCCCAAGGGUCUCAACCCAGGCAAGGCAAUUUCUGAAAUCAAGAAAUUACUUUCUGGCAUUGCCAAGAAGGACAAGCCUGGUCUAGACACUGCAGCUUUACACAACUAGAUCAAUUUAAGUCAGGGCAAACUUAGUUUGUUUCUGAUUCAGUAUUAUGGCACAAAAUUUUUAGAAUAAUUAUUUCCAUCUCAUAUUUGCCAUGUGUGAAAGUAACUUUUUUCCUCUUUGCCGCCUUAGUCAAAUAUCGAUCUGUCAAAUCAUCAAUUUAAGUGUCUUUUGUGGGAUUUGGUUGAAACAGGUAUCAUAAGUGCUGUUUUACUAUUUAUUGAUAUAUGCUGGUGGGGUCUGCCUGGAAUUCCAUCCAGCAGAUAGAGCUCAUUCACCUGUGAUUGAUGUACAGUUAUGUAAUUGUGUAUUUAUUUCAGCAAUAAUUUGCUGUAAUUUAUGGAGUUCCUCUAUUUAUUGAUCAGUCAUGAAAGAAAAGAAGACAUCUCUAUAUAGAUCAAUGCUUUUACCUUUCUUCAACUAGUGUUGGAAAAUCCCCGAGGCUUUUGGAUUAUGCAAACUUUUUUAUGUCUGGUUUUAGCAGGGAUUGCAAUCCGUAAAAGACAAAACCUUGUUUCAUCAAAUACUGUAAUGUGAGUUGAGGAGUAGCAGCCUUAUUCAUCCUCACACUAUUGACUAUUAAAAAUACUAUGUUUUAAAAACA